CGACUAGUUGCGGUGGGGGGUGGGGACUGUGGCUGGCUGGCUUGUUGGCUGGUGGGUUGGUUGGCUGGGGCGUGUGGGGUAGAGCUCGAUCGUGUGAUCGGCGAAGCAGGCAGGGGAGGGGCGAGCGAGAAGCGGAGCGGAGCCAGGCCGAGUUUGGAGGCUGGGCUUUGCGGUGUUUUUUGUUUUUGUUUUGGGCUGCGUUUCGCUCUUUGCGGACGAUCGGUUGGGCCCGUCUAAUUUCCUCGGGAGCAGCUGCGCCGGGCGCCGGCUUCGGCUUCGGCUUCGGAUUGGGGUGCUCGUGAGCUGAAUCCCCCGCGCAUCUUCGCGGACGAGCGAGGCGCGCCCAGGCUCGAUUCCGCAGAGCAGCCGAGGCAUUCGUCUUCGCUGAUGUUUUAGUUGUUGUUUGGCAGGAUUCUGAUCUGGUUCUGUCCUCCGCCGCGCGGCGAAUUUGUGCAGCGUUCGUUCUCGCGUGCAACGAAGCAGUCGGUCCGUGUUGCCUCUCCGGAGGCUGGUCCCACGAGUAAUUCGGGUCCGGUCGAGGUCGAUUGCGGCCAUUUGGUCUCCGAAUCUUCACUCCAAUUGUCGUUCGAAGCGGAAUUGCUGCUCUGGCGAGCCAAUUCUCUCGAUAUCAUUCCCUGUGUGCGCCGAGUAACUCUUUGUUCGGGUUCUGGACGUGCUAGCGGAAAUUCGUGCCAGGCGAAGGUGUCGGAGGCGAGGCUUGGAACGACGGCCAUGAGAAGCUUUCCUCCCGAAAUGGCCAGUGCUGCUGGUCGAGAGAAAGCAAAAUGCAGCCGGAACAAGAGAAAGUUUCGACAAGACCCCCCGCUCCAAACUCAGCUGAGCGGGGAAGAGAGUCCCUCUGCCAAUAUUCCUGCAGGCUUCAUUGCCGCUUCUGAUGCGCACGGAGUGGAAUGGGAGUCUAGAUCUGCCGAAGCAACAGGUAGGAAAUCUCCCGGUGUGGAUUCCGUUCUGAAAGAUGGCGAAAUUGGAACGAGCUUGGCUUCUGGCAAAGCAAUCGAGGCCUCCAAAUUCUACCAGGAGCACUUGAAGCUGAUGAGAUGGUUUACAACGCGGAAGGGAUCUCAACCAGGGGAUACGUGGAUUGAGCAUCAUAAGGAAGGUCCCAAAGACAGUGAUGGUUGUGAAGAAAAGGAAGACUUUGAUGAACUCGAGGAAGAUGAAUGGGACGAUUGCACUGAGGGGGAAUUAGAAGAACUUCUUUUGAAAAGUCUAGACUCGUUGUACAAGGAAGCUAUAUGUAAAAUUGAGUCCCGUGGGUAUAAUGCGGACGAGGCACUAAGGGCUGUGCUAAGGCAAGGUAGGCCCUACGGCGGUAAGGAUGCAGUUUCCAAUAUUGUGGGAAAUGCAUUGGAUUAUCUGACGGGCAAGAAGACCGAGGUGGAUGAAGCAAUCAGGAGCUUUGCUGAUUUGAAUGAGCUCCAAAGGUCUGGGCUGAAGGAAAUGGUCCAAAAGUUGAGAGAGGUUCGACCUGCACUUAACAGAGGGGAUGCCAUGUGGUGCCUGCUCAUGUGUGAUUUGAACUUUCGCCUAGCAUGUGACCCGGAUGAUGCAUCCUCAACUCAAAACCUCAAGGAACCCUUGGCAGGGCCAGCUUCUAGCAUGGAACAAACGAAAGCGUCUAUCAUAGACCUUUCUCAGUCUAGCUCAGCCAAGACUAGCAGUAAGGUGAAAUUACCGAAAGCUUCAAUCAGCCAUAUCCCUCUCGAGUCCUCUUUUUUAAUUGCGAAAGGAGGCUCCCAACAUCCAACAAUAUCAUCAUCUUCCUCUGCUACUCCCACUCCCUGCUUGUCUCUACCGCCUCUCCCUUCCGUGUGUGCCGCAAAAGGGUCUCCUUCAGUAAUCAACGUCAACAUUUGCUCGGUAUCCAGAUCAGAUGGCCAAACAUCAGCGAAUUUCGAGGUGUCUGCAAAUUCUGAAAUUUCACAGUCUUGUAGUCCACGGUCGGAUGCAGCUGGCAUCAAUCCGAAGGAGGACAGGAAGCAGGUACCGGAAGGAGAUAAUACUCCUCACUCAGCUACAUCAAGCUUGACUCCAGAGCAAAACCAGGGGUCUCGGGAUGGGGAACUGGUCAGAACCAUCAGCGAUGCAUCUACUCUUAGUUUCAAUAGUCAGGAGUCCAAUGCAGACUCUUGUGCAAAUGCUGGAGAACCUCUUCACCAGUUUGAGGAUCCAUCCUUAGAAAUGGUGGAUAAGAAAGUCACAGGAGAGACACUUCUCAGCGCAAGCAACCAUCCCCCUGAAUCUGCCAAACAAGUUGACGUUUGUGAAUUACCAUUAACAACUGGUUCUUUGUGUCCACAGAAACCUCCUGAUGCACCUACGGAAGUUACGAACUCACCUGCUUUCUCUAAAGGUGAUGUUAGUUGUAAAACAUCUGAUAGUUCAAGUUCUUCUGUUGCUGUUGAAGAAACUUCAAGCACUUCAGGGAAGCUAGGUUCAGGGGACGCUCAUACUGCUAAGGAGAGUGUCGGAUCACAGGUUUUUAAUGAUUCAUCUUCUCUAACUAAGAACUGUUCUUCUGCCGACGGUGCCACGGGUGCUGCGGAAAAGGUUCAAGUUGGCCAGAUAGCGAAGGUAGUCUCAGAGGUUGUGAAGGAGGUUUCAGAGAAUAUGCUUUCUACCAAAGAAACUUUAGUCAUUGAGAAAGGUGAUAUGGAAGAUCAACGAGACGAUAUGAUUAUGAAGCUCCUGCAACGUGUAAGAGAGCUUGAAGCGCAUAUCAGAGAGCUUGAAACGCAGAUUCACGAGCGGAAUGAGUGGGCCAAACAGAAAGUCAUGCAGGCUGUAAGAAAACUAACGAGUGAUCUGCAAGAGUUGAAGGCUCUGAGACUGGAGCGCGAGGAAGCAAAUCGACUGAAGAAGGAAAAGCAGGCUUCGGAAGAUAGUGCUACGAAAAAACAAGCAGAUUUAGAGACUGCAUUGAGAAAAGCUAGUGGCCAGGCAGAUCGGGCAAAUGCCACUGUGCGCAAACUGGAAGCUGAAAAUGCAGAACUCCGAGCCGAGAUGGAAGCUGCAAAGUUGAGUGCUGCAGAAUCUCUCGCUUCUUGUCAAGACCUUACCAAAAGGGAGAGGAAGUAUGCAAAGCGAGCUCAGGCGUGGGAGAAACAAAAGUCUAAGCUGCAAGAAGAGCUCUCUGACGAGAAAAGGAAAUAUGCUGUACUCCAACAGCAACUAUUGCAGGUCAAAGAACGACAACAACAAGCCGAGGUGAGAUGGAGGCAAGAGGAAAAGGCCAAAGAAGAAGCCACUUUACGUGCUGACAACGAAAGACGAGCCAAGGAGCAAGCAGAGGUUGCGGCUAAGAGGAGAGAAGAUUCUCUGAGGAGGAAAUCAGAAUCAAAUUACCAGAGACACAGGGAUGACAUGCAACGUUUGGAAUGUGAAAUUGCACAAAUGAGAACCACAGCAGAAGCAGCGCAAUUGGCUACCUCUCGCUGGGGUCCAGGAGUCGCAGUCACCCCGCACAUGAUGGAAUUAAGCAACAUGCAGAGUCUGAAAGAGACCAACAUUCGGCUGCAUCGAGAACUGCUAGCAUUGCAGGAAAUGUCAGAGGGUCUGGCACGUAGAGACGUGCGGAGGGACAGAGAAUGUGUUAUGUGCAUGUGUGAGGAGAUGUCUGUGGUUUUUCUUCCUUGUGCUCAUCAGGUGGUUUGUAUCAAGUGCAAUGAAUUGCAUGAGAAGCAAGGCAUGAGGGAUUGCCCUUCUUGUCGUACACAAAUUUUGCAGCGCAUUCGAGUAUUUGGUGUCAGCUCUUAGUAAUCUGACAGGUGUAAGUCUCUCAGAUACAGUAUGCUCACCUUAUGCCUGGGAUAUCGGCAAAAAUGAGGGUUCUAGCCCGUAAUAAGCUUUCUUUGCAGUCCUUACAUGGCGUUGUGUCAAGCGAUACGAAAUGUAAAAAGUGUCCUUCGUUAUUUCUUUCACCUGUAUUUGCAAGUGACAUUUCACUUCUUUUUCCUGCUUGCAUAUGUCUUUCCAUCAUUCUUGUAUGUGUUGUUAGAACUUAUGACGGGGAAGCGCUUUCUUCUCUCUGCUUUUUUCUCAGGUUUUGGAACUAAUCUGAAGUCUGUCGUUUAUUUUUCUUCUGACACCGUGUAUUUGGUUGGAAAUGAGGUUUGCCAUCUGUGUACGCUGAAGGAAAUAUGCAGAAGAAGGAUACAAAUAACAACCACCUUUCAGUCAAUGGAAAUUGAUCCUCUUCUUUAUGGCGCUGACAACUUCACUUAGCAGAACUUAGUCAAACUUAAAG